AUGCCUGGGGUCUUCCUGACUCAGCUGGAUGAGUCCCAGUAUCCAGAGCCACAGGAGGCGAUGCCGGCGUUUGUUUGGCCCUUCGUGGACCAAGAGUGGUUCCAGGAUCUUUUCCCAGAGGGUAUCCGCCCCGAGAUGCCCUUGAAGUCCCUGGUGAGGAAGCUGCAGGAGGCGCUGGUCACCUCCGACUUCCACAUCAAGACGGAAGUGCUGAGCGCCAUCAGCUACUUGGAGGACCAGCUGGAGGACAAGACCAAGAGGUGGAUCCAGUACACCCUGCUGGAAGUGCUGAAUGAGGAAGGCAACACCCCUUCGCUGCAGGAAAAGAGCCAGAGGAGGUUCAUCCUGGCCGCCCUGCGCGUCCUCCUGGACCUGGACAAGGACAGCCUGGACUUGAUGGUGGAGCUGAUGACCUGUUACCUGAUGGCGCCUCCCUGUAUCCGGGCCGUCUUUAAGGACAUGUUCAAGGAGUUGGGGCUUCAGGACCCGCACAACUUCUUCUUCAAGGAGAUGAACUCCUGGAUGGUGGAGAUGGAAGACCCCAAGGAGGCCGUGCGGAAACGCAGCAGCCAGUGGCUGGAGGAGAUCAUCAGGAUUUUCCAGGAGCACAGAGUUCGCCUGUGGCAAGAAGAGGCCACCUCUGGGAAGAAGCCUUCCCUGGACACCGGCCACAAGACCCAGCAAAGGAAGAGGCUGGAGAAGAGCCACAAAAAAGCCAGGAAGCUCGCUGGAAAGCCGGCCAAGGCUGCCCACAAGGAGGCGGCGGAAAGCGAGGAGGAGUGGCAGGGGAAGCACAGCUUGGAAGACCUCCAGAAGCCCGUUCGCCCCAUUGAUGCCAUCCAACAUUUUACGGACAAGCAGCUGGAGAGAGAACUGGAGGCGCUGAAAAAGGCCGUCUGUUUGAGAGCCGAUUCCCCCCGGGACACAGUCUUGGCGUUGCCCCCUCUUCAGAAGUCCAAAGCGAUCCUGCGCCUCGGAGAAACCAACGUAAUGCUGAGAACGAGGAUUGCUGAGCGCUUCUAUUUCCCCUUCAUCUUCCCCCGCUACCUCAUGAAAGGCUUCGUCCCCUUCGUGAAGCUGCCUUUGCCAAAGGUCACCUUGCAGCCGUUUCCAUCCCUUUCCAAGAGUCCGGCAGCGCCAAGGACUUUCACUGCCCGGCAGCAGCUGGUGCACAAGUACUUCAUCCCAAAGUUCUCCUACGCCGACAGCUACCCUUGAAGGCAGGGAGGCCCAGGACGGAGCCGAGGGGCUUCCAAAGCAGGAACCGGAGGGGUCCCGUGCUGAAGAGCCGGGUGGCACCAGCCUGGCACACGCCCACGGGCUCCAAUCGACCAACCGGGUAGCAACAAUCAGACUCUCCAGAGGCGUUAUAUUUUAUUUAUUCAAAGUGACAAGAACCCGAUUUAUGACACCCGAUAAG